AACUUCUUUGCGCGCGUUGAGGGUAAAAUUUCAAGGUCGCGUCACAAUAAUAAUAAUAUGAGCGUCACAAUAAUCAUAAUAUGAGCGUCACAUUAAAGGACGCAUAUAUGUACGUAGUCGGAGAGAAAAAGAUAAAGAUAUAAAGGAAAACUAUACUUUUACACUAUAGAAAUGUUAUUUUCAUGUGCGCAUGCGUUGUAUUUUAGACUGUAGGUACACUGCUCUUAAAUAUUAUUAUUAUUAUGUAUUUUAUAACCUCGUGUUUGUUUAUACUGUUUUAUUCAUUCAGAUAUUUUUAUAGUAACUAGUGGUAAAUAUUUAUUGUUCGUUGACAGUUAAUAAGAAAUCCUUGUUGAUCAAGCAGUUGUUCGCAAAAAUUUAACUACAUACAUUGAUCAACAAUCUAUUAGCUGCACUCCGAUGUCACCUAGAAAAAAACGUAAAACACCAGCAGAACGUACUCGUGAAUAUAGAGCUCGGAAGAAGGCCCGAGAAAAUCCUGCAAAUCCAGAGCCAUCUUGCCCUACGUCGAUUGAUGUUCAAGUUGAAGUACAUCAGGAAAAUUCUGUUUCGGAUCCACCAAGAAAGUCAAAAACACCAGCAGAACGUAGUCGUGAGUAUAGAGCCCGGAAGAAGGCCCUAGAAAAUUCUGCAAUUUCAGAGCCAACCUGCUCUACGUCGAUUGGUGUUCAAGUUGAAGUACAUCAAGAACAUUCUGUUUUGGAUCCACCAAGAAAGUCAAAAACACCAGCAGAACGUAGUCGUGAGUAUAGAGCCCGGAAGAAGGCCCUAGAAAAUUCUGCAAUUUCAGAGCCAACCUGCUCUACGUCGAUUGGUGUUCAAGUUGAAGUACAUCAAGAACAUUCUGUUUUGGAUCCACCAAGAAAGUCAAAAACACCAGCAGAACGUAGUCGUGAGUAUAGAGCCCGGAAGAAGGCUCUAAAAAAUUCUGCAAUUUCAGAGCCAACUUGCUCUACGUCGAUUGAUGUUCCAGCUGAAAUACAUCAAGAAAAUUCUCUUUCGGAUUUACCAAAAACGUCAAGAACACCAGCCGACCGUAGUCGUCAGUAUAGAGCUCGGAAAAAAUCUACGAUGGUCCUUAAAAACUCAGUACUAAAUGCUCCAUCUACUGAAACCUUUUCAACAGAUAAUCCGUGUACUAGGGAUCAAGAGGGUGCAAUUUUAUCUGAAGCAGAUUUUAUUAUUAGAGACAUUCCAAAUACUACAACGACGCCAAGUAUCAACAACGUUACGAGUGGCUUCCAGGCUAAUGAUUUGCGUGUACCUUAUUCUACUUUUUAUCAUCAUAAAAAAGCUCAUGAAGAGUUUAAGACUAAAUUCAUCAAAAUCCGUUCGGACAUAUUUGCUUAGUCUGUGAUAGGUUGUGGUUUAAAAGAGAUCUCAAAUCUGCAUCUAAUCAACAUUAACAGAUUUUAAAUACAAUUCUUCCUCUUACAUCUAUAGAGAAGAUUGCUUUAUGCACUACGUGCUUUACAUCAUUGAAUAAAGAUAAAAUUCCAAUGAUGUCAGUGUAUAA